CGUGACCGCAAACGGAAGCCGGGCAGGUUGUUGACACGUUGCCUAGCAACCGUGAGGCGUCCCUGGAAGCGUGUUGGUGUUAGCGACAAAGUGAGGCAGUGUCCCGCCCUCCCAGCCAGACCCCACGUAGGAGCCUCCAUAGGCAACAGCCGGGGGUGCCUGGGGAGAUGGUGGCAGAGAAAGAUGGUUCGAGCCCCCCGAAACUCACUGGAGAGAGACCCUCACAACAACAGCAGCCACUGGGGCAGCCGAGGAGAACCAAGCAGCAGGUCACCGAUGGAUUCACUGUUAAAGCCAUGAUGAGAAACACUGUGGUAAGAGGACCCCCAGUUGCAGGAGCAUUUAAAGAAAGACCAACAAAGCCUACAGCAUUUCGCAAGUUUUAUGAGCGAGGAGACUUCCCAAUUGCCCUUGAGCAUGAUACAAGAGGAAAUAAAAUAGCCUGGAAGGUGGAGAUUGAGAAACUGGACUAUCAUCACUAUCUGCCUCUCUUUUUUGAUGGGCUUUGUGAAAUGACAUUUCCCUAUGAGUUUUUUGCUCGGCAAGGAAUCCAUGACAUGCUGGAACAUGGGGGAAACAAGAUUCUUCCAGUCAUUCCUCAGCUCAUUAUCCCAAUAAAAAAUGCAUUGAACCUUCGUAACCGACAGGUCAUCUGCAUCACGCUCAAAGUCCUCCAGCACCUGGUAGUGUCAGCUGACAUGGUGGGGGAAGCCUUGGUGCCCUAUUAUCGUCAAAUCCUCCCCAUCCUAAACAUCUUUAAGAAUAUGAAUGUGAAUUCAGGAGACGGUAUUGACUACAGCCAGCAGAAGCGUGAAAAUAUUGGAGAUUUGAUUCAAGAGACACUGGAAGCCUUUGAGCGCUAUGGUGGAGAAGACGCUUAUAUAAACAUUAAAUACAUGGUCCCUACCUAUCAAUCGUGCUUGUUAAACUAACAGAUAAGACAGUUGUGUCAACAGGGAUGAUUCCAUUUGUAUUCUCAAAGGCUAUAUCCAAUUCUGGAUAAUAUCUUGUUAUUCGUGCUUUCUUCCUCUACAGCUGCUAAAGUAGUGGCUUCUGGACCAUUAAACUGCUAGCACUAUUGUGAACAAGUCUUUCCAAUACAUAAAUAGUGCCUGUUCCUUAGAUUACAA